AUGGGAAACGCACAAUCAGGCGCGAACCCUCCCGCGGACAACAACCGAAACACAGACAAGGAUAAAGGAAAGGCCCAACAACCUCAGAAGAAGAAAUGGGAACCCCCACUGCCCACUCGAGUCGGAAAAAAGAAGAGACGUGGUCCCUCUGCAGCUUCAAAGCUUCCAGCUGUAUUCCCCACAACGCGAUGCCGUCUCAAGCUACUUAAGAUGGAGCGCAUCAAGGACUAUCUUCUCCUUGAGGAGGAGUUUGUGCAGAAUCAGGAGCGGUUGAAGCCGGAGGCGACUCGUGAGGAGAAGAAUGAGGAGGAUCGGUCAAGGGUGGAUGAUUUGCGUGGCAGCCCCAUGGCGGUAGGAACCAUGGAAGAAAUUAUCGACGACGACCAUGCCAUUAUCAGCACCGCUUCUGGCCCCGAACACUACGUCUCUAUCAUGUCUUACGUCGACAAGGAUCUAUUAGAACCUGGUUGCCAAGUACUCCUUCACCACAAGACACAAGCUAUUGUUGGUGUCUUGCAAGACGACGCUGACCCCCUGGUUAGCAUCAUGAAGCUCGACAAAGCUCCAACGGAAAGCUAUGCAGAUGUCGGAGGACUCGAGAAUCAGAUUCAGGAGAUUAAAGAAUCUGUGGAGUUGCCUCUUACACAUCCUGAACUGUACGAAGAAAUGGGUAUCAAACCCCCCAAAGGUGUCAUUUUGUACGGCGUCCCUGGUACGGGUAAAACACUCCUCGCGAAAGCAGUAGCAAACCAAACGUCUGCGACUUUCCUUCGUGUGGUGGGCUCGGAGCUCAUCCAGAAGUACCUGGGCGACGGACCAAAACUUGUUCGCGAGCUGUUCAGGGUAGCAGAGGAGCACGCACCAAGUAUUGUAUUCAUCGACGAGAUUGAUGCCAUUGGCACGAAACGAUAUGAUUCAACAUCAGGAGGCGAGCGCGAAAUUCAACGAACAAUGUUGGAACUUCUCAACCAGCUGGAUGGCUUCGAUACUAGGGGAGACGUCAAAGUUAUCAUGGCGACAAAUCGCAUUGAUUCCCUCGAUCCUGCCCUCAUCCGCCCUGGCCGCAUCGACAGGAAGAUCGAGUUUCCGUUGCCCGAUGUGAAGACGAAGCGACACAUCUUCAGGCUACAUACGUCGCGUAUGAGUUUGAGUGAAGAUGUGGAUCUGGAAGAGUUCAUCUUGACAAAAGACGACCUUUCUGGGGCGGACAUCAAGGCUGUUUGCACGGAGGCUGGGUUGCUUGCGCUUCGCGAACGGCGAAUGAGGGUUACGAAAGCCGACUUUACUUCUGCGAGGGAAAAGGUGUUGUAUAGGAAGAACGAAGGAACACCUGAGGGCCUGUAUCUGUAA